AUGUUGGCCACCAAACUUUUGCUUUUGGCCGCCAGCACUCAAGCUUUGCUUAUACCCAAUUUGGAGGCGCUCUCCAGCUUCCCCCAGAUCCUCAGAACAGAACUUGAAACUUCGAAGGAACAAGCUCCUUUUUUCGCUGGGGAUGAUACUGUGGCUCCAUUGCUGAUGGCGAAACCAUCACUGUCUGGAAUUCCUGGCCGCUAUAUUGUGGUUUUGAAAGACCACGCUAGCACAGAAGACAUCUCUGAGCAUUUGAACUGGUUGGAAGCACUUCCUGCCAACUUUAAAGUUGACCCUCUUGAGUCUGAGUAUCUCAAGUCUUAUGGGUUAACCAGAGAUAUUGUGUCUUUUAACGUUGAGGGUUUGAAGGGAUAUUCGGGGUUUUUGGAUGAGGGUCGCGUACAAGAAGUCAGAAACCAUCCUCUUGUCAAAUUUGUGGAGCAGGAAACUGUGGUCAAAUUGACUGAAUUCGAUGUACAAAAGGAUGCUACUUGGGGUCUUGCAAGAGUGAGUCAUCGCGAGCUCGAACCCUCAACCUCUUACUACUACGACAACGAAGGUGGAAAGGGUGUUACUGCCUAUGUGAUUGAUACUGGUAUCAAGGUUGACCAUGAAGAGUUUGAAAAUAGAGCUUCAUGGGGAAGUGUGUUGCCGUUCCCAUACUUCAAAUUUGACGAUAAUGGUCACGGUACACACUGUGCCGGUACUAUUGGUUCUAAGACCUACGGUAUUGCUAAAAAUGUCGAUUUAGUUGCUGUAAAGGUUAUGAAUGCUUUGGGUUCUGGUGUCACUUCCGAUAUUAUCAAAGGUAUCGAAUUUGUCGUCAACGCUCACAAGGAGCUGGUGGCCGCUAAGAAGAAGGGCUACAAGGGAGCCACCAUCAACUUGUCGCUUGGUGGAGGAGAACUGACCGCUUUGGACUUGGCUGUGAACGCUGCCACUGCUGCUGGUGUGCAUGUUGCUGUAGCUGCAGGAAAUGACAACCAAGAUGCUUGUUCGCUGUCUCCAGCAAGAGCCACCGGACCAGUAUGUGUGGGAGCUUCCAACAAUGCCGACGAUAGGGCCUCGUUUUCCAACUGGGGCUCUUGUGUCGAUAUUUUUGCACCUGGAGAAGACAUCUUGUCGACUUUUACCUGGAGUGAAACUACUUUGAUGUCUGGUACGUCGAUGGCCACUCCACAUGUCGUUGGAUUGCUCUCUUAUUUCGCCUCGUUGUACCCCGACAUCAACUCUGAGUUCUCAGAAUCACUCAUCUCGCCUGCUCUGUUGAAGCUGAAACUUAUCAAAUAUGGUACUAAAGGUGUUCUCAACAAUUUGGACAAAGCCUCGCCUAACAUCUUGGCUUACAACGGUGCUGGUGGUAAUUUGACUGAUUUCUGGAGCUUAUAA